CGUAACAGGCUCAUAACAGAUUAUCUCGCUCUCAGGUGACGCACGCGCUUACAGUUUUCGUAAAGUCCAGAGAAUAAGGCAACUGGCAGCCAAGCUUGGACAUCUAAAAAGUUCAAGGGAGUAAGACAUAUGAUAACCAAGCUUUGAUUCGUCGAAAAGAGUAAAAAACUUUGAAGUGACAAGUAUAAACACAGAAAUAAUUUAUCAACAAUAUUGUUGAUCAAUUUAAUAUCAACGUUUUCGACAAAAAUCACAGUAUUUUACCCUGUCGCGGAGUUUGAAGACAACAAUCAAUCGGAAUGGUUCUCGAAACUAACACCGAUUUGGUGUACAAAAAGCAAGCUUUUACCAUCGAGAACUUAGCCAAGAGUAGCCGAGAUGAGAGCGAUGGACCAACACCUAUGAAAUCUGAAACAGUAUUUCAUGGCAUCAACAGAAGCCUAGACGGCAUUAGUCUUGGAUUUUUACAUCAGCCGUCUGUGCCUAACCCUGACCGGCUUACACCACUAUCGGAUCCCGGAUAUAAAUCACUCAACAGUACACCACCUAUGUCAGAAGAUGUACCAUCUAAACGUCGCCGCUGUAGCUCCGGAUGUGACGAACAGACACGCUCAACUAUACCAAGCAGCAGCAGCAGCCCUAGUGACGUCAGCUACGAUUCCAUAAGCCCAUAUACUUCUGACACGGACGCUUGUUCAGAAGAUCAGAACCGGAGAAAGAAAGCCCGAACAGCAUUCUCUAGCGAGCAGGUGUAUGGACUAGAGCAGAGAUACCAAGCACAGAAAUAUCUACCCUCGUCAGAGAGAAGUAGACUCGCCAAGAAACUCGCCCUCACUGACCAACAGGUAAAAACAUGGUUUCAAAAUCGACGCAUGAAGGAAAAGCGCCACCAACGGGAUGAGGAACAGACACGCAACUUUUAUUUGCCAACAGGUGGCGUUGACAUCGCACAGCUUCACGCUAUGGGCAUGCCGUGUCCCCCACCUUACAAGGCCCAAUCACCAACCUUCGGACACAUCUUCCCUUCUCCCAUCAGCAGCGCCAUUUCUGGAUACCAGUUUCAUUCGCCAACGCACACGGCGCCACCUUCAAAUGGACCGGACCGACUACACCCGAACUAUUUAGGAUAUUCCCCAGUUCUCGGAGCGCUACCAAUGUUUCCCACCCAAUCAUCGGCUUCCCGGCAUGCACCCGUGAUAUCAACACCUCUUACCAGUACGCCUGUGUCAAAGUCUCGGACGUAUUUAAGCGAUACUCGGGGACGUUCUCCAGCGUGACAGCAUUGUUAAAAAUAUCACAGAGAUCUACAUAUACAUGAAUUUUAUGUUAUGUGUAUAUUCCUUAUGAUUGUUAUUUAUUUUGUUAUGCAAGUUAAUUGUUUUUGUGCCAAAUUGAAGAACAAAUUCCUUUAAUAAAAAUCAUGUAAGUGAUAUGGCAUUAUUUAU